AGUGGCUGGAAAGGCUGCGCGGGACUCCCUCGGCCGGCGACGGGGCUCUUGGGGUCGGUCGGGUCCCGCUUGCCAGGGCGCGCAAAGGCGCAAACGAGUUCGCAGCAGCCCCUAACUUUGCUGGGCGGCCCACGUGUUUGCAAGCUCACUCCGGCAGGGGAAGGCGAGGCGCUCGCCGGACGGGCUGCCGGACGGGGGAGCGGCUCAGAGGGGCUGCUCGGCCGGGGCGAGGUCGAAGGAGAUGCGAAAAGUUGCCGGGACUUUGCGGGAGCCGCGGAGGGGCGCGUGAGCGGCGAUCCCCGAGGGGCUGCGCAUACUGCGCGGAGCCGCCGCCGAUUUGUAGCCCACCCCCCACCCCCGCCAGUACGCCCGCUCCCCUCUUCCCUCCGCCGCUGCGAGCCCCCCCGGGCCGGAUCCGAAGGAUGCAGUUUCGCCUCUUCUCCUGCGCCUUGAUUAUCCUCAACUGCAUGGAUUACGGUCACGGCCAAAGCGGACGCUGGAGGCGCAGCAAGAGAGCUAACUAUGGACCAAAUCCCAUCUGCAAAGGUUGCCUAUCUUGCUCCAAAGACAACGGAUGCAUCCGGUGUCAACAUAAGUUGUUCUUCUCCCUUAGAAGAGAAGGAAUGAGGCAGUAUGGCGAAUGCUUGAAUUCCUGCCCUCCAGGAUACUAUGGUCUCCGGGCCCCAGAUAUGAACAGAUGUUCAAGAUGCAGAAUAGAGAACUGUGAUUCUUGCUUUAGUCGAGACUUUUGCACCAAGUGCAAACCUGGAUUUUAUCGCUACCGGGGCCGAUGCUUUGAGGAAUGCCCUGAGGGCUUUGCGCCUUUAGAGGAGACAAUGGAAUGUGUGGAAGGCUGCGAAGUGGGUCCAUGGAGCGAAUGGGGAACGUGCAGCCGAAAUAACAAGACAUGUGGAUUUAAGUGGGGUUUGGAAACAAGAACAAGGCAAAUUGUGAAAAAGCCAGCAAAGGACACGAUACCAUGCCCAACAAUUGCAGAGUCCAGAAGAUGUAAAAUGGCGCUGAGGCACUGUCCUGGAGGAAAGAAGACACCAAAGACGAAGGAUAAGAGGAAGAAGAAAAAGAAUUUAAUGGAAAGAGCGCAGAAGCAGCACAGCCUCUUCCUUGGCACAGACUGAGCUGGUCAAUAGUGACUUUUAUCAUGUGGGAAUCCUUGUGGGGAUUUUUGUUUGUCCGUAUUUUUGCAAAAUGCACCGAAGCUGCUGCCUGUUCCUGCACUGCAAUUCAGCUGCUUUGACAGUAUUGGUUGCAAAUAACUUGUGAAAAAAAAAGAUGUCCACAAGCUUGUUUGUGUGUGUUUAUUUAUACUUUAUAUAUAAAAGAUACCUUUUCCCAACCCUGGAGACUACAGAGGCAGAAGAAGUACGCUGAGUUGAAUCAGUGUAUAUGUGUGUGUAUGUGUGUCCAGGGCUUUCUGUUGUCUUUUGUUUUCAUUCAGUGCCUGUUAAGAUGGAGAUGGCCCACUUCUCGGCAUGGAAAUCUGCAGCAGUCUCUCAAAAGCUGCACGUCGCCGUGGAGUAACGGACUUGUGCAUAUUUAUAUAAGAAGAAGAAAUGGGGGGAGUUAGAAUUGCAUUUAUGGCCUUUGUUUCUCAUAUUGUACUUUUCGAGGAUAAAUAACACUAAGCAGAUAUUUAUAGAUAAUGGGUGGAAUCCCAAGUUAGGUCAACAUGGCAAAUUUGUGGAAGUGGUUUUUCACGGGUUACCUCUUUCCCUCCUCCUGUGCCCCCCCUCAAAAGCCAUGGCUGAGCAUCAAGGGGCCCUUCUGAACAGGAUAUGAGAUGUGGGGGGGGGGGGGCGUCCAGUGGAAAUGGCCUUUCUGUGAACAUUACCUCUGUUACUGUGUCACACCUUUAAAGAAGAGGGAUAGGAUCCUGUUCUAGAGAUCUUUUAACAACCAGUAGCAGCAUUUUGAAAGGCUCAAGGCAGGGGGAGGGGGAACCACUUGUGCAAAUCUGCUACACUGACAAAACUUUGGGUCAACCCUCCAUGUUUGGUCCUCAGCACCUGUUAUAUUGGAACAGUUGUAUAGCAAAACUGCUCCCAAGUGAUAUACUUCAAGAGUUGCUGCUUAGUAUUCCAGGAGCCCAGCAGUUCCCAUGUGUACAUAUUAUGCUGUCUAGAUAUAAAUAAACAUAUUUACAAUA